AUGUUCGUCUCUAGAAUGUGGCGUGCUGUUCCUGUUCGGUUACCCGUCCGCAGAUUCGCCACUUCAAACCAGCUUUUCAAGACGCUUGAUACCCGCUAUUCCGCUCCAGAUGUUCAGAAAGUGCUCGAAAAGGGCGAGGUUACCUUGCCUGAGUUUCUUGAUCUCAGUGUGGUGCAACCGAAACUCAAGAAAAGCGUUGCUCGCUUGAAUUACGACGCACUUACGCCCGUCCAAUCUAAAUCUUUGAUGCCCAUGCUUAUGGAAGAUGGUGUCGUUUGUCGGGCAAAGACAGGUACAGGAAAGACUAUGGCGUUUGCCAUUCCUGUUCUCCAGUCAUGCUUAGAAACAUACAAGGCCACGGGCGAUGUUUCUAAAGUCGAAGCCUUGGUGAUUGCCCCCACCAGAGAUUUGGCUUUGCAGAUCCAACAAGAGUUUGCCAAGCUCAUUGGAUCCGACAAAUCUCUCUCGAGCAAAUUUGAAGUGCGUCUCUGCAUUGGUGGAAAAGUCGACCGUCCCAGCAGAAGAGCUCCAGCGAUUGUUGUCGCAACUCCUGGUCGUUUGGAGGCUAAUCUCAGAGACCCAAGGUAUCUCCGCAUGUUUUCGGACUUGAAGUACAAGGUCUACGAUGAAGCUGACCGGUUGUUGGACCAAGGUUUUGAGGAAGUUUUGCGUGAUAUUGACGAACGUCUUGAACAGGCUAAAAGUUAUGCGUUAGAUAACAAUGUGACUACAAAGAACGUCUUGUUCAGUGCCACUGUUGAUGAUCGUGUGAAUCAGUUUGCGGUUCUGACAAUUGGAAAAGAUUACACAUAUAUCAACUGCGUGAAUGAGAACGAGCCUGAGGCGCAUGAGAACAUUGACCAGACCAUCGUGAAAACGAAGGAUAUUUACCAAUCCCACAUUGCCGCGAUUGGUGACAUUUUCCGCAAGCGUGAAGAAGAUGCGAACUAUAAAGCAAUUCUUUUUGUUCCUACAGUGAUUGGCUCCGAAUUCUUGUUUGAGGUUGUCAGUGAGUUGAACUCACAAAGCAGAAUGCGCAACUGGGUGUACAAGUUGAACGGUAACAUGACUCAAGGAAGAAGAGACCGUACUACCCAGCGUUUCCGUACUUGUAAAUCAGGGUUGUUGAUUUGCACAGACGUUGCUGCGCGUGGUUUGGACUUCAAAAAUGUCACCGAUGUCAUUCAAAUUUGUCCUAGUUUGGAUGUGGCAGACUAUGUUCAUAAGGUUGGAAGAACAGCUCGUGCCGGUACUUCAGGAAAUGCCACUAUCUAUUUGUCCGAACCCGAGUAUAAGUAUAAGAAGGUUUUGGAAAAGGAGAGGGGAAUUCGCUUUGCGAACGAAGUUGAGUAUACUACAUUUGAAGAGGACCGCCAAAAGAUUGAGGAAGUUCUGGUUUCUAGUGACGACGUCGAAGAGUACGUGAAGAGCAUGUUUGGCUUCUAUAAAGGUGCCGUUUCCGUUUAUCGUUUACAAUUAGACACUGUCAUGCAUGAUUUGGUCAAUCUUUUAAGAUGCUUCACCGCAGACCCUUCUGCAACAGUGGAAAUGAGCAGAAAGCGUUUUAUGAUGAUGGGUCUUCCAUGGAGUUUAGUUCCUCUGCAUUUUGAAGUGGAAGGCGGAGCUCCAAAUUCUGGAAAGCACAAUAAUUACCGCAGCAACAACUUCAGAAAAAGCUAUAACCUGAACGAUCGUCCCUCUUACCAAAAAAGAUUUUCUGGUCAAAGGGACUUUGACUCAGAUUUUGGCGGAAAACAGAAAUACUCCAAUGACAGACGGUCGAAGAGAACUUUUGAUGAUGAAGCAAAGUUUAAAAACAAACGCAGAUACUAG